AUGAGUCCAACUGAUGCUAAGCGUGGGGCUAAACGCAGGAAGAACAAGCGGGGCGGUGGCAGCGGCACCAGCUGCAGUGCUGUCUGCAAUAGCGGCACCAGCGGCGGCGUCGUCUGCAGCAAGGCCGGGGUCGCCUCGGCCCUCGGCUGCGUCGGAGCUCCGGCAGCUGCCGGCUUCCUCGCACCUGCUCCGGCCGCCAACUUGGGCUCCGUGACGGGCAUCAACGGAGAGCUCAAAAUCAACAACGUCACGCCGCAGUUUACCGAGGGACCAGUCAACGCUGAUUUCACCGGGGUUCUUCAGACCCCCUUCACGUUCGGUCUGAACCAGCGAGCCCCGUACACAGCCGGCGACCGCUGUCUCCUUUGCCGCCGCGAGCGCGGCAAAGACUGCCCGCGACCUUCGGAGGCGGUCGUCCCCGACCGCCGGAACGGCGGUUGGCCGAAGGUCGGCCAGCCGCCCGCCGCCCUCCCGCUGCCCUUGUGGGUUUGCUCGGACUGUCGCAGCACCGUGGAGAAGGAGGACCGACACACUGCGCUGGAGCAGCUGGGGAGUCAGGACUUUCUUUUGCACAUGCCCACGGUGAACGGCACCCUCGGGCCGGACCUGGCCGUGACGCCGACAGACAGGCUGAGCGCGCCCGCGCUCCCCGCCCCCGAUCUGGCCACGCCCAUGCCCGGCGACACGCCGUGCGGCUGCGAGGCCUGCAACGAGAGGCGGGAGCUGUCGGCCGAGUCGGAGAGGGAAUCCCGCCAGCUGCAGAAGCACUGGUCGGAGGUGCGCUACGUGGUACGCUGCAUUUACCGGCAGGCCGGAACACCGCUGGCGGACGACCGCGACCAGCCGCUGGAGCCGGACAAGGAGGGCGUCAAGGAGCUGGUGGACAGACUCUGCGAGAAGGACCCCUACCAGCUUUACCAGCGCCUGGAGCAGCAGGCCCGCGAGUACGUCCUGGAGAUGAAGGCGCGGCUCCUCAAGCAGCUCUCCGAGCCCUCGCUCGCCGAGGGUCCCCCGCGGGCCCACCGGCUGGUCUCCCUCCUGCUGGAGGAGUACAGCGCCCUCUGCCAGGCGGCGCGCACCAUUAGCGGCUUCCUGCUCACCCUGGAGAACGAGCACCUCCACAAGUUCCACGUGACGUGGGAGCUGCACAACAAGCACCUUUUUGAGAACUUGGUCUUCUCAGAGCCCAUCUUGCACAGCAGCUUGCCUGCACUCGUUGCACAGCUCAAAUUGGGCACGGCCUCGCACGACUCGUACAGCGAAGACACGUACCGGACCUUGCUGGAGAACUACCAGCGGCUGGAACGGGAGAUGGCCAGCGUGGCCGGAGAGUGGCAGGAGUGCGAGAAGAGGAUCGACGACUACGUGGACGAACAGUUGCUGUUCAAAGUGGAGGGCCAGAGUUUUAGCGACCAAAGAACUGAGCCGCACAAGUCGCCGCUCGGCAAAAACACUUUAAAGACAAAGCAGCGAAUGCUCAAAGAAGACUGGGAGUCCUUCAAGCAGCGGAGAUACGUGGAAGAGCAGCCUCCAAAUAAUAAGAAGCUGCCAUGCGGAGACAACUUCACAGACACCAUGAGGAUGCUCUCGUCGCGACUCGGGAUUCCCGACUGUCCCAACUGCAAUUAUCGGAGAAGGUGCGCGUGCGACGACUGCAGCCUCUCGCACAUCCUGACGUGCGGCAUCAUGGACUCGCCCGUCUCGGAGGAGUCGGCGGUAAAGCCCGUCGCCCCGCAGGACUACCUGGCUCAAGGGCGCCCGCCCAGCCUGUCGUCGGCCAGCUCGGCGUCAGGUUCCAACGGCAGCUCCCCCGUCACCGUCCAGAGACGCCCCCGACUCGCGCUACCCGCCGGGGACGCCAACCCCUUUGUCAGCGAUGACGACGAAGUGCCUCCGAUGUCCGCCAAGUUCGGGGACGUCUACCCCGUCGGCGGCUACCAGGGCGACGGCGUGGCGGCGCUCAACGGACACCGCGCCGACAUCAACGGCGAGGGGGCGCAAAACCUAACGGUAAGUCUCUUUCCGCAGUCGCCUCGCGUCAGCAGCAGCGCUAGCUCGUCCGACGACGACGAGGGGAGGCGGCGGCGGGAGACCAACAGUCCUCCUCCGUCUUAUAACCACCACCGGCAGGUAGAACAGGUCCAACACGUGUGCGAGUGCCACGUUUGCAACCAGGACUCCGCCAACGUCCUGGGCCACUCCGGGCGACUCCACUCGGCGCCUCCCCCCGUCGCCGAGGGACACCCGUCCUUCGCGGAUAACGGUCCCACCAGGCCCGCCCUUCACCUCUACCCGCACAUCCACGGGCACCUACCGCUGCACAACUUUUCCCGGCCGCUGCUGCACCCCACGCUCUACCCGCCGAGUCCCCCCCUCACGCACAACAAGCCUUUGCCUCCCAACCCCACGACCAACCACUCGGUGGCCAAGCAGCCGGCUUUCAGUCCCACGCUACCGGAGCACGUGUACCAGAACAGCUUCAAUGGUGGCGGCGGCGGCGGCGGCGGGACGGGCGACUGGAACAACUCGCUGCAGUGCCUGUCGCUCAAUUUUGAGAGCCUGUGGGAUGCCGCCGUGAUGAAGAGUUUGGAUCAAUCCAUCAGUCAAGUGCUGCUGCCCGAGUUGCUGCAAGGCGAAAUGCUAGACCCGCCCCCCGCCGACGUCCCCCUUCCGCCGACGCCCGCCAGCCCCCGGGCGGAGCACCGCCACCCUCUGCCGCCCGCCGCCCCGCACCCUUCCUCGUCGUCGCCCUCGUCCCUUUCUUCGUGCUCGUCGUCGGAGGCCCGCGAGCAGAAGAAGAGCGGCGCCAAGAAGAAGUGUCUGUACAAUUUCCAAGAUGCCUUCAUGGAGACCAACCGGGCGGCCGCCGCGUCCGUCUCGUGUACAGCUACUACUGUCCAGUCAAGUAAUAACCCCCCAGAUGAUGUUUUUCACAGUUUGGGUAAAGAGGACCACCGGCAAAUCUCCCCGGCCGCCCCCCGAAACAACCCCGCCCCUCUAGGCCCCCUGCCGCCGCUCUCCGCGCCUUCCCUUCCGCCGACCCCCGCCGCGCACCUCCCCGCCAUGGCGCCCUUCCCCAAAACGGCGCCCGACUCGGGGGAGACGCACCCCGGUCUGUGCCUCCCGCCGGCCGAGCCGGCCGUUUCGUCAGCGGACAGUCCCCUCAGCGCCCCACCGAGCGUCUGCAGUGAUCCCGACUGCGAGGGGCACCGGUGCGAGGGGAACGGGGCGUACGAGCACCCGCCCUACGACGGCGAGGAGAGCCAGGACGAGGACAGCUGCUCGGAACACAGCUCGUCCACCUCCACCUCCACCAACCAGAAGGAAGGAAAGUACUGUGACUGCUGCUACUGCGAGUUCUUCGGACACGGCGGGCCUCCGUCGGCGCCGACGAGCCGCAACUACGCCGAGAUGCGCGAGAAGCUGCGCUUGCGCCUGACCAAGCGCAAGGAGGAGCAGCAGCCCAAGCGCGAGGAGCAGCAGCCUGCGCCCGAGCGCGAGGGUCCGGCCGGCGGCCUGGAGGACCACCGGCGGGUGGAGGACCUGCUCCAGUUCAUCAACAGCGCCGACAGCAAGCCGGCGUCCAGCUCCAAAGCCGCCAAGCGGGCUCGACACAAGCAGAAAAAGAUGGAGGAGAAGGCCCGGCAGGAGGCCGAGGCGCAGCGGGAGGAGCGGCGCAGGCGACGCCAAGAAGAAGAAGCCGCGCUCCAGCGCGAGCUCCUCCGGUUGCAGGAGCUCCGCCAGCAACACUGCGCCGCCAAGAAGAAGAAGAAGGACAAAGCCAAGGAGAACACGGCGCCCGGCGAGAACAAUCCGCCGCCGCUGGAGCGGGCGGCCCAGAACGUGCUGGACCGCCUGCGCGACGGCAAGUCGCAGCUCCUCCGCGGCCUCAUCUGCCCCGAGGACCUCCGGCCGGAAUCCCGACCCGACGCCCGGCGCUCCGAGCGGGGCGUCUCGCGCCUGCGCGACCGCAACGCCGACGUCAAAGCCCGGCCGGGGGCGCCCGCCCCCGAGACCGUCGCCGCCGGGCCCGCGGAGGCGCCCGCCUCGGAGAGCCACGGCGGGAAAAGGCAGCUGAAGGAAGACCGCCGGCGGAGCCCGCCCGCGUCCGACCCGUCGCCCUCGCCGCCUCUCCGUCUCCAGUCGGAACAGAACGGGAAGCCUCCCGGCGCCGAGUCCCCGCAGCCGAAAGGCAAAGCCAAGAAGAGCAAGAAGAAGAAGGGCGACAAGAUGAACACUUCCAUAGAUGACGUGUUCCUUCCCAAAGACAUCGAUCUGGAUAGCACUGAGAUGGACGAGACGGAGCGAGAGGUGGAGUAUUUUAAAAGGUUCUGUUUGGACUCGGCCCGGCAGACGCGCCAGCGGCUGUCAAUCAACUGGUCCAACUUUAGUUUAAAAAAGGCCACCUUCGCAGCACACUGA